GGCCCGCGGCCCGGGAGAGGGGGCAGGAGGCGGCAGGACUCGGGGACCGAUCUGAUACAAAGGACAAGCCCGAGAGUGGGGCGAGAAUGCGUUGCGGGGCACCUGAAAGGGAGAUCCCAACUGAGCAAACCCGGAAGAUGAUGACCCUGGCCUGGACAUUGGCGGAGCAGGAUUUGAUAAGAGGGGGUGUACGGGGAAAGCGGGAGGUGCUGAGAUUUGCAGGCAAAGCCUGCUUUGAACCUUGGCUCCACACCUCGUAGUUGGUGACUGUGGGACAAUUGUUCAGCCUUCAGCCUUGGAAGCCUUGCUUGCUUCUGUAGGUGGGAACAGUAGCGCAGUAGUGGAUGUGGAAGCCAGGCCUGUCCUAAAUGCCUGAGAGCCAGCGCACAGUCACAUCCAGGGGCUUUUGGGUUUUGGGUUUUUGGGGAUGGAAAGUACCAUAUGAAUCAAAGCGUGGAGGUGGCAUUUAAAAAAGAAUUUGGAGGAUGACACAUGGGAAAGGCUGGGACGCUGCAGGCGGGACAUCCAUAUUGAAUACUGCAAUGACAGCUUAGCUGGGAGUGGUACAUACACCUGAAAUUCCAGCACUGGGGAGGCUGAGGCAGGAGGAUUGCCACAAGUUUGGGGUCAGUCUGGUCUACCUACAGAGUUUCAGGCCAGCAAAGGACACGUAGUGAAAUCCUACCUCAACCAACCAACCAACCAAACAAAGGCCUUAGUUACAUAUUUAUCAGAGAGGUCCCUAACUGAUUUUUAAAGAAAAUGUAUCUUUUUUGUAUCUAAGAUGUGCGUAUGUAUACACAUGUGUGUACAUGUUUGCAUUUAAGAAUGUAUGUGCCUGGUGACAGUGUGUAGAAGUCAGGGGACAACCUCAGGUGUUGGUCCUUGCCUUCCACUCUUAAAAAAAAAAACAAACUUUUCUUUUUUAAGAUAAGGUCUCACUAUGUAGUGCUGGCUGGCUGGUCUGGAGCUUACUUUGUAGACUAGGCUGGCCUUGAACUCACAGAGAUCUGCCUGAAUUGUCUACUGAGUGCCUGGCCCUUGAACUUUUUUUUUUUUUUUUUUAAGAUUUAUUAAUCUUAUUUGCAUGUGUGUUACCCAGGUGUACGGAUGUGUAUCAUCUGUGUGCAGGAACCAAUGGAGGCCCUAAGGAGGCAGUGGAGCCCCUGGGCCUGGAGUUACGGAUAGUUGUGAGCCACCAGGUGGGUGCUGGGAGCUAAACAUGGGCCCUAUGCAAGAACAAUAACGCUUCUAACCACUGAGCCAUCCCUCCAGCCCUCGUCUUCCGUUUUUAUACAGGUUCUGUGGAUCCACCACAGGUCUUGGGGCUUGCACAGCAAGUACUUUCACACUCUAAGCCAUAUCCCCAACUCCCAGGGGAUUUUUAAAGGUUACAAAACCCAGUCAGAGCUAUUGUUUAUGUUCCUUUUGCAUUUGAGCUCCACUUUGAGAGAGUUGGUAUUAACAUUCCACGGGCCCAGAGAAAGGAAGUAGCUGGCCCAACGCCACCAGCUAAGCUGUUCCCAGGGCAGACCUCCAACUCUUCCGCAAGGUGAGGUAUGUGAGAGAGUGGGGAGCUUGGUUGCCAGUUACAGGUUCCGGGCUAUGGAGCUUAUGCAACUAGGGCAAUGUGGGCUCCGAGCUAUUCGGAGGCAAGCCUCCGUGCUCUUGCGCAGUGGGUUGAGGGUAGGAAGACCAGAGGAGGAGGGCUGUUUGCUGACAGAGAAGUAGAAUCUGGAGGAGAAACCGUCACACCCUCCUCCGGCCUCUCCCGGGCUGGCUCACCUGCUUCCACCUGAGGUCUGUGAUGGGGCUUUCUUUCUGGAGGUCUUCUUGAGUGUUCUCAUUUGCAGGCUUCCUCUCUGACUGGGUCUGGGUCCUAGGAUAUUCCACCAGCUCUGACCCAGUAUUCUUUAAGAAAAAGCUUGCCUUGGGAGUAGAGACAGGCAGAUUUUUAUGAGUUACAGGCCAUCCUGGUCUAAAGUUCCAGGCUACAUGGUGAGAUGUGUCUUAAGAAAGGAAAAGCUAGUUUUUGAGCAUCUGCCAUGCGCCUAGCAUGGUGCCCUGGGUUUCCUCAGUGUUAGUUUAAUGCUGGCUGUGUUUUUUUUGCAGACAGCUCUUAUUUCGGCAUCUUUCAGGCUCAGAGGAGUGAAAGGUCAAGGUCACCUGUGGGAAGUAGUUGUGGUUUAAGUCCUUCCUCUUCUCAUGGCAAAAACUGUGCCCUUUCUGUCUCAUCACCCUCCAAGGUCUACACUCGCCUCAGCAUGGGUUUGGGAAGCUAACUCAUGGAGGAGGAAGGUUCACCUCCUUGAUUUCUAUGCACUGACAAGGGUCAGUUUGCAGGAGUGGCUCUGCCAAAGACUAUGGUUUUAACAGAGGAGCUCUGAAAGUGCUGAGGUGACUGUCGUAAUUAUUGUUCUAUUGCUGUGAAGAGACACCAUGAUCAAGACAACCUUGAUCAUAAAAGAAAGCCUUUAGCUGCAUGUGGUGGCACACAUCUUUAAUUCCAGCACAGGGGAGGCAGAGGCAGGCGGACAGCCAGGACUAGGAGAGAAACCUUGUCUCAAAAACAAGAAGAAGAAGAAAGAAGAAGAAGAAGAAGAAGAAGAAGAAGAAGAAGAAGAAGAAGAAGAAGAAGAAGCAUUUAACUGGAGGCUUACAGUUUCAAAGGAGACAAGAAUGGUCAGACUGGCAAUGUCUGUGAGCCCUCCUCAGCGCUCCUGGGGCUGAGGCUUGGCCACCACCAGCCAUGAGGCUAGGCUGGCCCCAACGCAGGCUGCUGGGCCUGCCCACAGCUGUGGUGUAUGGCUCCUUGGCUCUCUUCACCUCCAUCCUGCAUAAUGUGUUCCUGCUGUACUACGUGGACACCUUUGUCUCCGUGUAUAAGAUCAACAAAGUGUCCUUCUGGGUUGGAGAGACUGUAUUUCUCCUCUGGAACAGCUUCAACGACCCCCUCUUCGGCUGGCUCAGUGACCGCCAGUUCCUCAGCUCCCAACCGAGGUCAGGAGCUGGGCUCUCCUCCAGAGAUGUGGUGCUGACUCGGGUGCGGGCGCUAGGCUGGCACGGGCCGCUGCUGGCACUGUCCUUCCUGGCAUUCUGGGUGCCCUGGGCCCCUGCUGGCUUGCAGUUCUUACUGUGCCUGUGCCUCUAUGAUGGCUUCCUGACACUCGUGGACCUCCACCAUCAUGCCUUGCUGGCCGACCUGGCUCUCUCAGCCCAUGACCGCACCCACCUCAACUUUUACUGCUCCCUCUUCAGUGCCGCUGGCUCCAUGUCUGUCUUUGCCUCCUACGCCUUUUGGAACAAGGAAGACUUCUCCUCCUUCCGUGCCUUUUGUGUGGUACUAGCUGCCGGCUCUGGGCUGGGCUUUCUGGGAGCCACACAAUUGCUGAAGUGGCGCAUUGAGGCAACCAGAAGGGCCACGAGUAGCUCGGCCCUGCUCAUGGAUGGCGGUGCGUGUGAAGAGGCGCUGCUGGUGGGCGGUGGGGAAGCAGGCACCAUCACCUUGGGCCAGUACCUCCGGCAACUGGCACACCACCAAAACUUCCUGUGGUUCGUGGGCAUGGACCUGGUACAGGUGUUUCACUGCCACUUCAACAGCAACUUCUUCCCCCUCUUCCUGGAGCACUUGUUGUCCGAGCACAUCUCCCUCUCCACCGGCUCCUUCCUGCUGGGCAUCUCCUAUGUUGCUCCUCAUCUCAACAACCUCUACUUCCUGCCCCUGUGCCGACGCUGGGGUGUCUAUGCAGUGGUGCGGGGCCUCUUCCUGCUCAAGCUGAGCCUUAGCCUCCUCAUGCUGUUGGCUGGCCCAGACCACCCUGGCCUGCUUUGCUUCUUCAUUGCCAGCAACCGUGUCUUCACGGAGGGCACCUGUAAGCUGCUGACCCUGGUGGUCACUGACCUGGUGGAUGAGGACCUGGUGCUGAACCAUCGGAAACAGGCAGCCUCCGCGCUUCUCUUUGGUAUGGUUGCCCUCGUGACCAAGCCUGGCCAGACCUUUGCCCCACUGCUGGGCACCUGGCUUCUCUGCUUCUACACAGGUCACGACCUUUUUCAGCAGCCCCCAGUGACGUCUGUGGGGAGUGUCCGGCCAUGGCCAGAGCCGCCAGCGCAGGCGCCGACACUCCGCCAGGGUUGCUUCUACCUGCUGGUGCUGGUGCCCAUCACCUGCGCACUGCUGCAGCUCUUCACCUGGUCCCGGUUCACACUGCACGGGAGACGCCUGCGUAUGGUCAAGGCCCAGCGACAGAACCUGGCCCAGAUCCACACGCUGGACAUUAAGGUGGUGUGAGAGGUGUGGCAAGGCCACGCUGCGGAGGUCGCUAUCCUGGCCCCAGCAGUAGCCUCUUGUGCCAGCCAGCAUCCUGCUUCCUCAUCUCUGCGUGCAGCCCAAAGAACAGAUGGCAUGGGGGCGCUCCUGGGGCGGAACCGGGAGCAUCACUGAGGUCUGCCCUUCAUCAGCCAUCUGCCUCAGCUUGGCCAAGGGCUGAGCUAUACGUGCUCAGGGACCUGCAACUUCUGUGGGGCAGGAAAAAAAAAUGAGGAUCAGAAAGGGUAGGGCUCAGUGUGGUGCACAAGGAUCCAUUUCAGAAAGGCUUCCAGGACCACAAGAAAGUAACUUGACAGCCGCAGCCCAUUGGCUGGGCCAUGUGCCCUGGAGCCUGCACCUGGAUCGCCUGCACGAGCGCAGCUGGGGCUGUCUACACAGUGGGCUUCUGGGCCGUGACUGCGCCUUUUGCCCACUCAGGCGAAGCUCACUCAAAGUGCCAUUUGCCCCUCCUUCUGGUUGUUUCUUCUGCUUCACCUCUGCUUGCAUUGGUGUCCCCUUUCUGCUGUAGGGCUCCCCAGAGCCCAACAGGCCUCAAAACCCUUGAGGCUCAACUCAUUCCUGAUCCAGUAAAGCCAGUCAUUCCUAUUCAAGUCUGAGCCGUGUGUGUGUGUGUGUGUGUGUGUGUGUGUGUGUGUGUGUGUGUGUGUGUCUGUGUGUCUGUGUGUCUGUGUGUCUGUGUGUGUUGGGGGGGCAGCUAGGCAGGGUUGGUGGGGGCUGGGAAACAGGAAAAGUACUCCAAAAUCUCAUCUUCCUAGAGAUAAUAGAACAAAAAUGCAAAUUGUAAGCUGAUUUAUGCCCAUGCUCUCAAUAUUUGGAAGGCUGAAGCAGGAUUGCUUCAGGUUCAAAGCUAGCCUAGAAAAAAAUGAAAACAUCAAGAAAACUGACAGUGUGACCAAGUCAGUCUAGCAGACUGCUGGGUGAUGGGGCCUGGAGCCAGUUACCGCAGAGUACUCCCCAUAUGCCACUGUUGGACACAACUGUCAAAAAGGAGCCUGUUAGGCCAGGGGCUCAGCCCAGAACCCACCUGAAGAGCUUCCGAAUAAAGAGGUCUGAUGUAAUAAA